UGUCAGCUCGUCAACAUGGUGGCGCCAGAUCCUUAGGAGGUGUUUGCGUCGGCUGCUGUCAUCUCUGCGAUUUCUGCCACCGACAGCUGAGAAAUCAUGCACGAGGGCAGCAAAACGAAGAAUAUGUUUUUGACCCGAGCGCUUGAGAAGAUCCUUGGCGAUAAAGACGUAAGGAAAACUCACCAUACCCAGCUCCGCAAAGCCUGUGAGGUGGCCUUGGAAGAAAUAAAAGCUGAAAUAGAAAAACAAAGUGCUGGAGAGAAAAAUGUCUCAACACUGCCAAGGGCAAACUUCAUAGAGGCUGAUAAAUACUUCCUUCCAUUUGAGUUGGCCUGCCAAUCGAAAUCCCCUCGAAUCAUCAGCACAUCUUUGGACUGCUUGCAGAAACUGAUUGCAUAUGGACAUAUCACGGGUAAUGCCCCAGACAGUUCAACUGGAAAGAGACUGAUUGAUAGAAUUAUUGAAACCAUUUGUGGAUGUUUUCAAGGAACUCAAACAGAUGAAGGUGUUCAGCUUCAGAUAAUUAAGGCACUACUUACUGCUGUGACUUCAACUCAUAUUGAAAUCCAUGAAGGAACAAUCUUGCAGACUGUCCGGACCUGCUAUAAUAUCUACCUAGCUAGUAAAAAUCUCAUUAAUCAGACUACAGCAAAAGCUACUCUGACACAAAUGCUCAAUGUUAUAUUCACCAAGAUGGAAAACCAAGUGGUACAUGAAGCUCAAGACCAAGAGAAAAGUAGGCGGCAGCAGCAGCAUCAACAUCAUUUCCAGCAGUCUCCUGGACCUCACAGUUUAGUUGGAUCUCCACAACUUGAUAGCAUCGAACAGCGUUCUACCAGACUGGUUUCAGCAGAGACGGAUGCAGAUCAGAUAAAUACCAUGCAACAAAAAUCUCAAGAAAGUAUUGCAGAAAUGGAAAAUGGGACAAUAGUAGACCAUAUAGAAUGUGACCAUGUGGAAUGUGAUCAGCCUUCACAUACUACAGGGAAUGCACGUGCAAGGUCAGAGGAAGAUGUGAAAGCAGAAGAUAUUGUGGGACAAAUAUUGGAGGAAGUAGUGGCUGUUGUGACUGGAGAGGCAGAAACAAAAGACUGUGAAAAAAAGUUUAUGGAAGCAGCUUUAGAAAAUCAGGCUCCUGUUAACUGCACUGAAAACAUUCAGACCAAUGGUGUCCCUGACGAAUCAUUACCACAGCCUGAUGGUACCACAUCAAUUGAUAGGCAAUCUGCACCCUAUAAUGUUCAGGAGUCCGAAGCUGUGGUACCACUUCCAGUCAGUACUAAAUUCUCGCACGUAUUACAGAAAGAUGCAUUUUUGGUAUUCAGAUCUCUCUGCAAGCUUUCAAUGAAGCCUUUAAGUGAUGGACCUCCAGAUCCAAAGUCCCAUGAGCUGAGGUCGAAGAUAAUUUCACUACAGCUACUGUUGUCAGUUCUUCAAAAUGCUGGCCCAGUCUUCAAAACAAAUGAAAUGUUCAUCAAUGCAAUUAAACAAUACCUUUGUGUGGCAUUAUCCAAAAAUGGUGUCUCCUGUGUGCCAGAUGUGUUUGAACUUUCACUGGCUAUUUUUCUUGCACUUCUCUCACACUUCAAGAUUCAUUUAAAAAUGCAAAUUGAGGUUUUCUUCAAAGAGAUUUUUCUGAAUAUUUUGGAAACAUCCACCAGUACAUUUGAGCAUAAGUGGAUGGUCAUUCAAACUCUGACCAGGAUUUGUGCAGAUGCUCAGUGCGUCGUGGAUAUUUAUGUGAACUACGAUUGUGAUUUAAAUGCUGCAAACAUAUUUGAACGUCUUGUAAAUGAUUUGUCAAAAAUUGCUCAGGGACGAAGUGGUCAGGAACUGGGGAUGACACCUCUGCAGGAACUGAGUCUGAGGAAGAAGGGACUGGAAUGUUUGGUUUCUAUCCUAAAAUGCAUGGUUGAGUGGAGUAAAGAUUUAUACAUAAAUCCAAACCUUCAGACAAAUCUUGGUCAAGAGAAGUCAUCCGAGCAAGAGAACUGUGAAGGUAAACAUCUGGAAACUACACACCGAAGAGGGAGUACAAAUUCCUUUGACUCCACAAUAUCAUCAGGUAUUGGGACUAACAGUGCACAGACAUGUGCAGCAGAUGAUCCUGAGCAAUUUGAAGUCCUGAAACAACAGAAGGAUAUUAUAGAACAAGGGAUAGAUCUGUUCAACAGAAAGCCAAAGAAAGGUGUGCAGUACUUGCAAGACCAAGGAAUGUUGGGCACAACAGCUGAAGACAUUGCUCAAUUUCUCCAACAAGAAGAAAGAUUAGAUUCGAGUCAAGUGGGUGAAUUCCUAGGAGAGAAUAGUAAAUUCAACAAAGAAGUGAUGUAUGCUUAUGUUGAUCAACUGGACUUCUGUGAGAAGGAUUUUGUCUCAGCACUUCGUAUAUAUCUUGAAGGUUUUCGUCUGCCUGGGGAAGCACAGAAAAUUGACCGACUCAUGGAAAAGUUUGCAGCAAGAUAUUUGGAAUGUAAUCAAGGACAGAUACUAUUUGCAAGUGCUGAUUCGGCAUAUGUCCUGGCCUACUCUAUUAUAAUGCUGACAACAGAUCUGCACAGUCCUCAGGUAAAGAACAAAAUGACAAAAGAACAAUACAUAAAAAUGAAUCGUGGGAUCCAUGACAACAAAGAUCUGCCAGAAGAAUACCUGUCUUCCAUUUAUGAUGAGAUUGCAGGGAAAAAAAUUGCCAUGAAAGAGACUAAAGAAUUUUCAGUCAUCCCAAAGUCUACCAAACCAAGUGUAGCCACUGAAAAACAGCGAAGACUACUAUAUAAUCUUGAGAUGGAACAAAUGGCAAAAACUGCAAAAGUCCUAAUGGAGGCUGUUAGUCAUGCACAAGCACCAUUUACCAGUGCUACACAUCUUGAACAUGUUAGACCAAUGUUUAAACUGGCAUGGACACCACUUUUAGCAGCAUUCAGUGUUGGAUUGCAAGACUGUGAUGAUUCUGAUGUUGCCUUUCUUUGCCUGGAAGGCAUCCGAUGUGCUAUUAGGAUAGCCUGCAUUUUUAGCAUGCAGAUUGAACGAGAUGCCUAUGUUCAAGCUCUGGCCCGUUUUACGUUAUUGACAGCAAGUUCUGGCAUCACAGAAAUGAAGCAGAAGAAUAUAGAUACUAUUAAGACACUUAUUACUGUGGCUCACACAGAUGGUAACUACCUUGGAAAUUCUUGGCAUGAGAUACUGAAGUGCAUUAGCCAGCUGGAGCUGGCACAGUUGAUAGGUACAGGGGUCAAGACUAAAUAUGUUUCUGGUUCUCUGCGAGCUAAAGAUGGAUUCACUACAAGUUCUGGAACUGGAGAAGAAUUCUUAGGACUAGGUACCUUUGGCACUAUGGAUAAGAAACACAUAGCCAGUAUUCAGGAAUCUGUGGGCGAGACCAGCUCUCAGAGUGUAGUUGUGGCAGUAGAUAGGAUAUUCACUGGCUCAACAAGACUUGAUGGAAAUGCUAUUGUUGAUUUUGUUCAUUGGCUGUGUGCUGUGUCUAUGGAUGAAUUGGGUUCACCUCACCAUCCACGCAUGUUCAGUCUUCAAAAGAUUGUGGAAAUUUCGUACUAUAACAUGGGUCGAAUCAGGCUUCAGUGGUCUAGAAUUUGGGAAGUGAUUGGAGACCAUUUUAAUAAGGUUGGAUGCAAUCCAAAUGAGGAUGUUGCCAUUUUUGCUGUUGACUCUUUAAGACAACUGUCAAUGAAAUUUUUGGAGAAGGGAGAGUUAGCAAACUUUCGGUUCCAAAAGGACUUCUUGAGACCAUUUGAGCACAUAAUGAAGAGGAACAGGUCACCAACGAUAAAGGACAUGGUCAUUCGGUGCAUUGCGCAGAUGGUAAAUUCACAGGCUUCAAAUAUUCGUUCAGGAUGGAAAAAUAUUUUCUCCGUAUUCCACCAAGCUGCUUCAGACCACGACGAACCGAUUGUGGAGUUGGCGUUCCAGACUACUGGGCACAUUAUCUCGGAUGUUUUUAAGAAGCACUUUGCAGCAGCCAUUGAUUCAUUCCAGGAUGUUGUGAAAUGUUUGGCAGAGUUUGCUUGUAAUGCUGCAUUUCCUGACACCUGCAUGGAGGCUAUCAGACUUAUUCGACACUGUGCAACAUAUGUAUCUGAGCGACCACAAGCACUGAAGGAAUACACCAGCGAUGACAUGAAUGUUGCUCCUGGAGAUAGAGUAUGGGUUCGAGGAUGGUUUCCAAUUUUGUUUGAGCUUUCCUGUGUAAUUAAUCGUUGUAAGUUGGAUGUUCGUACAAGAGGACUUACUGUGAUGUUUGAAAUCAUUAAAAGCUAUGGUCAAACAUUUGAGGAACACUGGUGGCAAGAUCUAUUUAGGAUUAUCUUUCGGAUAUUUGAUAACAUGAAACUUCCGGAGCAGCAAACUGAAAAGUCCGAAUGGAUGACAACUACAUGUAAUCAUGCACUUUAUGCUAUUUGUGAUGUUUUUACACAAUUCUAUGAAGUUUUAAAUCAUGUCCUAUUGGAUGAUAUAUUUGCUCAGCUACAUUGGUGUGUACAGCAAGAUAAUGAACAACUGGCCCGAUCAGGAACAAAUUGUUUAGAAAAUGUGGUUAUACACACUGGGCACAAAUUCAGUCCUUCAGUCUGGGAUAAAACAUGUGCUUGCAUGCUGGGCAUUUUCAAGACCACUGCUCCCCAUGCUCUUUUAGCCUGGCGACCCACGGGCAUGGAAGAAGAAUCUUCUGAGAAGAAUUCAGACUUGGAAGUUGACCGUCAAUCAAUCUGCAGUACAGAGCGAAACCUUUCUGAAAAAGGUCAAAGCCAGGUAUCUAACACUAGUGAUGAAACUUGGAAGAAUAGACCACAUGCAAAAAUAUCUGAUCAGAAACUCUUUGCUGCCCUCCUCAUCAAAUGUGUCGUGCAGCUGGAAUUAAUCCAAACAAUAGACAACAUUGUGUUCUUUCCAGCAACAAGCAAAAAGGAAGAUGCUGAAACUAUGGCAGCUGUACAGAAGGAUUCAAUUGAUGCUGACAUUCAUAUAGAUACUCAAGACCAAGGAAUGUAUCGAUAUAUGACUUCACAGCAGCUUUUUAAACUCCUGGAUUGUCUUUUGGAAUCUCAUUCAUUUGCAAAGGCUUUCAACUCAAAUAAUGAACAGAGGACAACAUUAUGGAGAGCAGGAUUUAAGGGCAAAUCUAAGCCUAAUCUUUUAAAGCAAGAAACCAGCAGUCUUGCCUGUUGUCUUCGUAUACUCUUCCGUAUGUACACAGAUGAAAAUCGGCAGGAUUCUUGGGACUGUAUUCAGAAACGACUAUUGAAGGUUUGCAGCGAGGCCCUUGCCUACUUCAUAACACUGACGUCUGAAAGUCAUCGGGAAGCGUGGACAAACUUAUUACUGCUUUUCCUCACAAAGACUCUCAAAACUAGUGAUGAAAAGUUUAAGAUCCAUGCAUCAGCAUACUAUCCAUACUUGUGUGAAAUUGUACAAUUUGACCUCAUCCCUGAACUGCGAGCAGUGUUACGCAAGUUCUUCCUACGCAUCGGCUUUGUAUUUCAAAUCUGUCGUUCAGAGGAUCAGCUACAAGAAGAUACUACAUAACAAAAAAAUCAGUAUGCAUUUCUACUCAUAAGUCUGUAAAUUGAGCCUCUGUAAAUGUAUCACCUGUUGUAGUCAAAGAAAACAUUAAUUUUUGGAGCUAUUUUUGAACUUAUUAGAUGACCCCAACAUCGGUGAUGUGUAGCUUGUAUAAUUUCCUGACUCCUUGUGUAUUUCUAUAGUUUGUUUUUUUACUUCUGUUUGUCUUAAAGGAAUGUCUGCUUUGUUUCUAAAAUGUCUUUAAAAUACCCACUUAAAACCAUUUCAGGGACUUCAAAUUGUUAUGCAUGCCAAUGCUAUGGGACACUACUGUCUUAAAACAGUAAAUAUUUGAGGUAAAUAUAUUGUUGGACACGGUACAGUGUAAAAUGAAGUUUUUAAAUAUCAUGAAAAUGUAAUGGUUUCAGUGCUUUUAAUUAGUAACUGUUCAACCAAGAAAUCUAUAAUUUUGAAUUACAGUUGUGAUGUGCCAGAAGCACAAUAACAUUAUUUGCUUAUUGUGAGAAUGUUGGUAAUUGAAAGGUGCAGAGAAUUUUGAGACAAAAAUGACAAUUUUCAAUAUUUCCUCAUUGUACAAUUUUUUAGUUUUGUUUUGAGUGUGUGUGGAGAAACUCUGAUGUUUUGAUUUCUGCUUGCAGAGAUGCUUUGGAGUUUGCACAUUCCAUUCCCCCCUUAAGUUAUGACAAUAGAUCUUAGAAAAGCACAAUUAUAAAUUUGUGGUAAGGGAACAAUGUUAAUACCUUUUUGAGAAUGAAGCUUGAUUUCAACUUGACUGUUCUAGGACAGGGAAAGGAACUUUACAAUAUACAGAUUAUACAAAAUCUGUCCCACAUGGCAAAAUUUCUUAACUGUUUUGCUCUGAAUAGCCAGGGAAAUACAAUCCUACUCUUAUCUCUUAACUAAGGGUCCUUGAAUCCUGUAGCACCUCAAAGCCAAUCCUGCGUUGAGAGUGUUUGUUGUCUCUCAAACCUAUAGGAUUUGUCAAUAUCUCAAUGUAAUUAUUUUCAUAAAACUACAUAAAAGCUGUGCUUUAUGCUCUUUAGGAAAACUACAUGUUUAACCAAUGAAAAAAAUUAGUUGUGCUUAGUCUCUGCUCCCUCACAACAAUUAUUACUUAAGACAUAGCCUGACUUUGCGCAAUAUAUUAACUAGCAGCUAGAUAUUUUAGCAGUAUGUAACAAAUAACUAGUAGAUCAAUAUCUUAUGUUCUGAGUUGUAAUUUUGUUCACUGACACUAAUGUACAUGCCUCCACUGAUGGUAGCUUGUUGAUUUCCUUGGAUUUCACAUCCCACAAUUUAUCUGUUAUAGUCCUAUGAAUUUCUUGAAAUAUAGUUUGAGCAGACUUUGAUGGGUCCUUUUAGUACUGCUGUGACCUGAUCAUAAAGUGCAGAUGUAAGAAAGCCUGUAACAAAUUUGCCAAAUUUGCAGCAUUUAACAAAUCUGGCAAAUUUACAUUUAGCUUGCUGCAAUCUUGAGAUGUGUUUUGGGAAGUGACCAUGCAGAAACUUCACUGAUGCCACAUACUGUACAAGCUGUGUGUCAAACAGACACUUGAUACUUAUUAUAAUUUAACUGUAUGCAAAUUGGUUUAAAAAAGCAACUAUUAAGCACUGGCAUAGGAAUGAGGAUUAGAAGAUAAAAGGCAUUUGACUUAAUUUUUAGUAUCAGUUGAUCAGAGUGGUUUCAGUAUGUUUACAUUAGAGAUAACUUGAAAGAAAGAAAAUCCGUGGUGAUUGACUUCCACUGAAGUGUGAAUUCCCACAAGCCUUUCUCUUGGCUCCAUUUACACCAGUAUCAGUAACAUGCCAAUCUUUUCAAAAGUAAAGAACCAUUUUUAGAUAAGCAGUAAAUUAAUGAUGCAAGAUGCUUACCUGAAAGGUGGUUGUUUAAUUUAUAUCUUAAGUGCAAGGAAGUAUUCUAUUUAUACGCAGAAUAAUGACUCUUUAUUGAAGUCUCAAAUAUUGAUUUCCUCAAAGAUUUGUUUUAGGACCAAUGAUCUUAGCCCAGAAGCAUGAAGUCAUACUGAAGGACAGUUGCACAAGCACUAUUUGCACCUUGACAGAGAGCCAUUACAAAUAUAUGAAACAAUUCGGUGGUCAUCAGAUCAUUUGACCAUGAUGAGUACUAUAAUCAAGCUAGAAAUAAUGUUGUCACUGCCCUGGUUGAGAGCACACUUCUUGUGGAAUGAAGAUUCAAUCUGGGAUUUCCUGGUCUUUUAUCUCUGAUCUCUUGAGACAGUUGUGUAAACACAUAUAAAUUGACAAUGUUGCUUCAACAAUUUACCAAGUAAACUUGGACAGGCCACCAAGCUGAAACAUUUAUUGCAAUAAAUGCGUAUAAUAAUUCAAA